ACGAUCCCGAUGAGCCAUUGUGCCAAAUUGGAAUCAUGGGAGCUUAUUACAUGAGGAUUGGUCCUGGAAACAACGCCCCCUCCUCAAUGCCACCAAUGCUUACACACGCCAAGUGUUUAUUAGGGCCCUUGAUGAGGGAGACAUGUUGCCAGAAGCUAGACUUGAGGCUUUGAGGGUGUUCAAAGAGUUCUUGGAGAAGCCCGAGAACAACCAGUAUGGUACCAAAGUUUUUAUUGAACAACCUGGAUGGGAUUUAACUCCCCUUGAAGGUCAAGACCUUCGCAAAAUGGAUCACAUUUUGCAGUACUCAGAGAUUGUCAGGAUCAUUCGAGAUGUCUUUGACAAUGUUGGGCCUAACUGGGCUGCCAACGAUGCCAACAAGGCUGAUGCUGAUGCCUUCUUCACACCUGGUUUGAUCCCCUAUGCAGCCCAUCGUGAUUUGGGGUACCCUGUGGAGCUUGUUGUCCAGGAGCCUCAGCGUGUGGAACAAGCCCAGGCCAAUGGAGAAGCACAGGCCAACGAAGAAGAGCCUUAAAAAGGCAAUCAUGCGACUGUGCAGGAAUUGAAAGAAGUAAGUGAGAUGGAGAAGUAGAAAUGAUUUAUGUUAACUUUGGUUUGUGAGUAACCGUGAUGUGUCUGCCAAGAAAAAUAUUUGUUUGAGUGUGCUUUGACUACUGAAAAAGAGCUGUCUAGUUAGAUAGUACAGGCAAUAACUAGUAGG